GAGUGCGUGCUGGCUUGAAACGAACAUUUGCUGGAAUUUCACAGAACCAGUUGGACGUCAGCAACCUGGCCAUGUGGAAGCCCAUGCUGUACAGUGUGGCCUUUCUCCACACUGCUGUGCAGGAACGACGCAAAUUUGGACCAUUGGGUUGGAACAUACCAUAUGAGUUCAACUCUGCUGAUUUCACUGCAAGUGUUGAAUUCGUUGAGAGACACUUGGAUGAUUGUGGCCCCAGGAAGGAUGUGUCCUGGGUAACCGUGCGAUACAUGCUUGCUGAGGUGCAGUAUGGAGGAAGGGUUACAGAUGACUAUGACAAACGGCUACUCAAGUGUUUCUCUCGUGUGUGGUUCAGUAAAAAGAUGUUUGACCCCUCAUUCAGCUUCUACACGGGCUACAAUAUUCCAAUAUGCAAGACAAUAGAGGAGUACAUGGAAUGUAUUCAGAGCUACCCACUGUGGAUUCGCCCCAGGCGCUGGGGCUGCAUCCCAAUGCUGAUAUCACGUAUCAGACAAACACAUCUGCUGAAGUUCUCGACACAAUCACGAACAUCCAGCCCAAGGAAAGCGCAGGGGGAUCAGGAGUGACUCGGGAGUCUAUUGUUCAGAACAUGGCGCAGGACAUGUUGGGGAAAUUGCCCCCUAAUUAUGUGCCACAUGAGGUCAAAGCCAGGCUGUUGAAAAUGGGAGCUCUGAACCCAAUGAACAUAUUCCUACGUCAGGAGGUGGAUCGAAUGCAAAGGAUCAUCAGUGUGGUGCGCACUAGUCUGACUGACCUAAAUUUGGCCAUUGAUGGCACUAUCAUAAUGAGCGAGAACCUCCGUGAUGCCCUGGACAAUAUCUUUGAUGCACGUGUGCCAAACCUGUGGAAGAAGAUCUCCUGGGAGUCAUCCACACUGGGCUUCUGGUUCACAGAGCUUCUGGAGAGAAACAAGCAGUUCCGCAGUUGGGUGUUUGAAGGAAGACCCAAAACCUUUUGGAUGACAGGCUUCUUCAACCCCAGGGGUUCCUAACAGCUAUGAGACAAGAAGUAACAAGAGCAAACAAAGGCUGGGCUCUGGACAACGUUACCCUGACCAACAAAGUACUGAAGCAGGCACAGGAGGAGAUCACAGCCUCACCUACAGAGGGAGUUUACGUCCAUGGUCUGUACCUGGAUGGCGCCGGCUGGGACAGGAAGAGCUCUCAUCUUAUUGAGUCCCCACCCAAAGUGCUGUUCACACCAUUGCCUGUAAUCCACAUGUUUGCCGUGAACUCCACUGCCCCCGUGGAUCCUAAGCUCUAUGUCUGCCCCGUCUAUAAAAAACCAAGACGCACAGACCUAAAUUAUGUCACAGCAGUGGGGUUAUCAACCAUUCAGCCACCAGACCACUGGAUCUUGCGUGGAGUUGCCCUGCUCUGCGACAUCAAAUAAAAGAUAGCUGCAUGUCUUUAUUGUUAUGUCAUAUUUCUUACAGGGAAAAUAAAUGUAUUUUUAAUGUCAAA